AUGCCUUACACGCCGCCCUCCCACCGAUCUCCCGCCUCCUCAGCGACCGUUUCCCCGGAUGUGAGCCGCCGAUCAUCAGUCACGUCAGGCCAGAAGCCUUCGCUGCCUCGUUCCGCCUCAUAUCUCAGCAAGCACCGUCGAACGCCGUCUGCCACGCCGUCCACCACUGAGGCCCAUGCCACGCCGUCUCCCCCCUAUGGAUCCUCAGACGAAGUCAAGAACGCUGGCAACCCUCCUGUGAGCGCGAGCUUGCGCAAGUCUCCCCCGCCGGUGACUGACGAUCGAGGAAUCCCCAACGGUGCCAUCAUCUCCCCGCCUGACUCAGCAUCAUCCGAUAGCGAGGAUGACAGCCGUCCGGAGAUUCGGGGGAGGAAGCUGGGGAAGCUUAGGGAUGCUGUCAGCCAGAUCCCCCAGCCCCGGACACCGUCGCCCCCGACCAAGGAGUUGAGACUAAGCGUUGACGACGAUGCCACUCCUCGAAGCAUCAUGCACACUAGCUUCAGUGCCAUGACAUUGAGCGAGCUGAACGAGCUGGCCGAGCUUCCCAAGCGUCGAAAGGGCCAUGUUCGAUCUGCCACCGACCCAAAUGCAUCUGCCAUCAUGACAUCUGCGGACAACUCCCAGACUGUCUCGGAAGACUCUGAGGAUGACAUGCGGCCUAAGCCUCCCAUGGUACGCAAGAAGUCUGGCGAGCUGGUCCGUCCGGCUCUGCGAAACUUCAAGCGGCCCUCGAGUAUGCCCGGCACUCCUGUGUUUGCCAAGGCAGUUCACUUUGACUCCCAUCUGGAGCACAUCCGCCACUUCCUCCAGGUCGACCGACCUCUUGCCGUCAGUGCAGGCUCGUCACCAGUGGAGAACUACGAAAGCGAUGCUGAGUAUCCCUUCCCUGGAGGUGAGAAAAGGGGGCCCGUUGCUCGAUCGCCGCCAUUUGAUUGGCAGCUGAUUACGAACAACUUCCCCCAUGACUCCCCCCAGAGACGCGAGCAGCCUGUCCGUGUCGAGAAAGUCUGGCUCUCUCCGGAUCAAAAGUCGAUGAUGGGAUCUGUCGUUGUUUCCAACCUCUCCUUCCACAAGACUGUUGUAUGCCGUUUCACAUUGGACUACUGGAAGACGACUUCCGAGAUCGUUGCCGAGUACAAGCACGAGGUCCGCCCCGUCGUUACCCGCGUCAGCCAGGAUCGCUUCCAAUUCUCCAUCAAGCUGUCGGACACCACCAACCUGGAGAUGAAGACGCUGUACUUUUGCGUUCGCUACAGUGUCAAUGGCCAGGAGUACUGGGACAGCAACAACAACUCCAACUUCCAGGUCGACUUUCGCAAGCAGUUCAAGCCGCAGAAUGGUAAGAACUCCUUCCAAGGUGCUGGCUCGCGGUCGACUGGCAGUCUGCCGCGCAGCAACCGGAAGCAGAACCCUGCCGCCGCCGGUCGGUCUCCGCAGAUGCCUGCUUCGUUUGAUGAUUUUAAGAAACCAAAGUUUAAGUUUGAUGACCACCUGGACUACUUGGGCGAGCACAACACUCCUGGCCUCCGCCUCAAGACCAAGUCCACUAGCAACCUGGCCAGUGACAACAUUUCUAAGGGCCUGGGCCUAACCGCCCCCAGCGGACUGGCCUUUGCCAACCGCUAUGAUUUCGGUGCCUCCCUGAGUGCUGCCGUCCAGGCGGCCAAGGAUUCGGCCACCAAGGGACCGGCGACCAAGGACAAGGAUACUUUGUAUAUGAAGAGGAAUGUCCGCGACAGCCCGAGCCCCAUGAGAUUUGGCCCUCCCCUGAGCAUCCCGUCAGCUCCGGCACCCAGCCAGUCCACUGCUGCUGCUGCCGCCGCCGCCGCCGCCGCUGCUCCUGCGCCCGGUGUUGGCCUCGGCCUCGACCUUGCAAGCUCCUCAUAUGAGGAGCUCGUCAGUAAAUACUGCUUUUUUGGCUCCAAGACAUCGACCGCGGCUUCGACUCCUGGCGCGACCAGGCCCGAUGAGAACGAGAGCGUGAGCCCGACAACGGUGACCUCCGCAGUAGUUCCUCACGGCCCUCUUCACCAUGCCGGCCCUGCGGCUCACCACAGCCUUCAUCAUCCUCAGCGCCCCGUUGAUCUGAAGAUCCAUCGGCCGCUGACUGCCGACUAUCUCGCGGCAUCGCACUCGUCUUCUCUCGACUCCAUGUCCUCUGUGCUGAUCAGCAGGGACCAGCCGUCGGCUCCCAAGUCGAUGCCGAUGCCUCACAUGAGAUCGCCAUCGCCGUCCUUCUCCACGUCGCCAACUGAUGCUCCAUUUUUCGCCCAGCAGAUGAUCCAGCAGCGAUUUCGCUGGGGCGGAGAGCCUCACACUGCCACCGCCAUCCGAGGCUAG